CGGACCUCAUAAAUUGAUCACUAAGCGGAGACAGACGACGUUAGUGUCUUUUGUGGAUUUUUUUUUAUUGCAUUCUUUCCAUACUGUAACGGAAUUGAAACACGCACAGGUUGAACAGCUAGUACAUAAGGUGACCCUCGCGCUAUCGCUUUAAAGCGAAUACCUUUUUCUGGGAACAUUUGGAGACCCAUAUAACAUGGACCGAUUCUACGACCAGCAAGUCCCAUUUAUGGUCCCACCCAAUCAGAAAUCUCAUGUGGAGGAACCAUACAGCAGACCAGUCAUCGACAACAGGAAAAGGAAGUUUGUAGACACAGAACUCGCCCAGGACACGGAAGACCUGUUCCAAGACCUCAGCCAGUUACAGGAGAUUUGGAUUGCAGAAGCCCAGGUACCUGAUGACGAACAGUUUGUCCCAGAUUUCCAGUCGGAUAGCUUGAUGUUUCAUGGCCCCCCACAAACCAAGAUUAAACGGGAACUGAGUCCUUCCAAAGAGCUUUCUCCUUGUAGCCAGGACAGGAGUCUCAUGCCAUACGGAGAGAAGUGCCUUUACAGCUACAGUGCCUAUGAGAGGAAACCCGGUUUGGGCUACAAGCCAUUGACCCCUCCCUCUACACCUGUGUCACUGUGCAGCUCUACCAACACCCCAGGGACACACCCACUCAGUGAGCAGACUCCUCCCCCUCAAAUACCCAAUCAGAACCAGGUGCUUGGGCCACAUCCACUGCAGCAUGGGCAGCCUGGCAACCAAGCAGUCGGCUCCGCCCACAGCCAGCAGAGGCCGCUCUCACUCCACAGCCAGAGCCCGCCCUUCGCAGUGUCCUGCCCACCCUCACACCUCAGUCAGGAUGGUACCUACAGCCCUGAGCACAGGUUCCAGAGGCAGAUGUCGGAGCCGUGUCUCCCCUUCCCUCCCUCUGAGAGCCAGGCUCGCCCCCAGUUCCUGGCCCAGCAGCAGGCCCCCAGCCACAGCACCCUGCCCAGGGAUGGGAGGCCUCCCUACCACCGCCAGAUGUCUGAGCCCCUGGUCCCUGGUCUACAUGGCUUCAAGCAAGAGCUGCUGGACCCCCGCUACACCGAGGAGGGUGUCCCCUCCAUGGGCUCUCAGGCUGCCUUCCACCCCAUGGCCAUCAAGCAGGAGCCCCGGGACUUCUGCUUCGACUCUGAAGUGCCUAUCUGUCAGUCUACAUUUGGAAGAGCAGGGACCUUCUACCAAAACAACCAUGAAAGUUUCUCCUUCAGAGAGCUUCACCUGUACUAUGACGAUACCUGUGUGGUUCCUGACAGACUUGAAGGGAAGGUCAAGCAAGAGCCCUCAGUGUACCGUGACUGCCCUCCAUACCAGCGUCGCGGCUCUCUGCAGCUCUGGCAGUUCCUGGUCACCCUAUUGGACGACCCGGCCAACGGUCACUUCAUCGCCUGGACAGGCCGGGGCAUGGAGUUCAAACUCAUAGAGCCUGAAGAGGUGGCUCGCCGCUGGGGCAUCCAGAAGAACAGGCCAGCCAUGAACUAUGACAAGCUGAGUCGUUCUCUGCGCUACUACUACGAGAAGGGCAUCAUGCAGAAGGUGGCUGGUGAAAGGUACGUGUACAAGUUUGUGUGUGACCCUGAGGCCCUGUUCUCCAUGGCCUUCCCUGACAACCAAAGGCCCAACCUGAAGGCCGACCCAGACAGUCUGCCCUGCGGUCAGGUAGACGACGACACCCUGCCUCUCACCCACUACGACAAGAACACCCCUUACCUGGUGGACUCUGGGGAGCAGUGUGUAGGAGGCCUACCCUUCCCUGACGGCUACGGCUACUGACACGUACUUCCCCUACUACUGAACCCGACCCAGAGAUCAAACGGCUGAGGCUGAGCAAAAAACUAUCAAACCCGAAACCUCCCUCUCCUCUUACCGCUAAAUUACUCCUCCGAUCUUACAGAUUAAUUUAACCCUCCCUCCCCCUGAAAACGACUGAGGAGAAACCUGCACCAACCACCUUCUCUGGCAUCAUCUACUGUACCAAGAGAGGGGGGCCGUGGAAGUGCGGAAUGGACUCCAGUGGUUCCGCCGACUUAAGGCGAGGUGGCGUUGUUGUUGCAAUGGAGACCGAGAGGACGUGAUGGAGGGCCAGGGGCUGCAUUAUGAUGACAACAUGCCGGAGGACUGUCAGAUAGGUCUCUGCGCAGACUGCAAGAAUUGUAACAAUUCUGAUUGACAAUCUGCUUUUUCUAAGAGUAUAAUAAGUAUCUUAAAAGUUAAUUCUGACAAAAUAUAUAAAUGCAGCACUAUUCUAUAGUUGCCUUUUUCGUCCCCCAUAAUUAUAUAUUUUCUGCCACAUAUGAACAAUAAGAUCUGUGUAAGCAAGGACUUUAAUUUGCAAAAAACUCCAGACCUAUUUGUUUCUGUAGGCUUAAAGGUUAGUCUAGAAAUGUCUGUUAGUAUGCUGGCUUUUCUACAGUUGGUUAAAGAUUUAGACCUAGUAGUGCUCUAACCCACUGGGACAUUCUAUGGUUUCAGAUUAGAUGGAUUCCUCCAACCAGAGGCCUACAUUUUGUUUGUUUAAUGCCGGCCUGGCUGUGUUUUUAUCCAGUGUAAUUAUUUAAUGUUUGUUCUGCUGGGUUACCUGUGAGUGCCCCACUAGCGUGAAGCUCCAGGCUCUGAGCUGUGGCUACAUCUGAAACGACACUAUUCACUAUAUAUAGAGCACUACUUUACAAAGCCCACCAGUCUAUGGUCAAAAGAAUUGCAGUAUAAAGGAAAUGGGGUGAAUGUUGGAUGCGGACUCUGGGCCACCAGACAUUCUCCGUUAUAGUGACACUCCACACCAUUUCUUUUUUUCAUAAACUCACUCCUUAUAUUGCCUCAGUUGUAACUGACUAAUCAGGACUCCACUUUAAAAUAAAAAAAACUAGGCCCUGCAGGAAUAUUUUUAAAGAGAUUUUGAAUUAGAAAUGCCUAAAGUUAUUAUUAAAAAGGUCAAAUCUUAAUUUAUUUUAUUUUAUUGGGUGCUUGAUGUUUCCUCAGCAGUGAGUGUACUAUAUUUCUCAGAUGCACAAGGAUGGCAUUGUUCAGGACUUUGCAUGCGAAGGGGUGAAAUUCUACACCUUUCCCUGGACUCCUUUCUGCCAAUCACAGGUUGUCAACAAGAGACCUCUGCUUCUCUUUGCAUGACGGUGUAUUCAAACAAAUAAACUGUCCACUAACAUAUCGCUUUACUCUACUCUGGACAAAGAAGCAGAUUGUGAAACUUCUCUGCAUUUUGUUCAUGUUUUGUUUCUUAAAUGGGGAAAAAUACAAACUUAUAUAAAUAUAUAUUUUUGCUAAGUCUGCAACUGUUUUGAUUUUACUGUAUAAGCCUGUAUAGUUCUGCCUAUAACAACGUAUGCAUCUUAAAAAAAUAAAAAAAAAUCAGGA